AUUGGUGGACAGUUAUCCUGGUUACCAACCAACACUGCACACUGGGCACAUGAGAAAACACAGGAAAACUCGUUCAUUUCAAAACGACAGACUAUCAAAGUACAAGUACAGUAACCUUGGGGUUCUCAAAUGUUCUCCCGCCGCAGUGGUAAUCACACACAACACAGAUUUCAAUGACAUGUUGGAAGAAUAAUCUGUCCUCUCCAAAAUGUGGUAGAGGAUUAUGUGCACAGCAUCAUCUGCAGCCACACAAUGGAUAACGAGGAGGGCAAGACGUGCCAGGGAGAGAAGCUUGCGUCUACUGUGGAUGACACUCUGGAUGAAUAUUUAAUCACCCUCCAGCACAAAAACAGGAUCCUAAAGCGCCUUAAAGUCAAAGACCCCCGGGAGAUUGAGUUGGAACAGCUUGAGCAAGGUUUUUCCAUUUAUCUUAACGGAGCCAAUGCUGAAACCAGUCGGAAGCAGCCAAAGAGCUCCAACCGCAAGUCUGUCACCUCCCCACCUGCUUGGAGGCCUGCACGUACAGCCGAUGUCUGUAGAAGCGCCCACCAGCUAACUGAAGAUAGUCGUAAUAUUGAGCAGACCCACAAUAAGAGGAGCCACACCGCCCCAGGAAAGGUCCAGAGGAAAGAAUGGGUACAGGAUUCAGUCAGAAUUCGAACAGAGGAAGGUCCAAGUUUGCAGAUCUCCCCAGCAACUCGCUACUCUGAGGAUUUUGAGCCCUAUGAAAGCGUAGACAUGGAGCCCUCUGGUCCACGCUCACCUCGCAGUCCCUGCUCCCUGAGGGACACCUCCAAAGUAUCGCGCUCCCUCAGUUCAAGGUCUGAGAGCCAAGGGGGCCAAGCAAAUCAGGAGCACAGUGAGAAGGUACUUCUCAACCUUGAGGAAGUGAAGGUUCUGCGUCGGAGCCUGGAGGUUAGCAUGCGGCGGAGCAACCGCGGCUCAGCGGGGGAGGAGUCAGACGAGGAGUGGGUGGAGGAGCAGAUUGAGAGGGAGGAAAGCACUGAGAGUCUGGACGAACUGGGCCUGCCUCUCUCGUCCUCCAAGUCCUCCUCCAACCCUCGGCCCAGCGGCUCUCAUAGCCAUCUGGACUCAGCAAACCUCAUUGUCCUGGACUUUGGGCCCUCACCUAAAGGUCGUAAGAUUGAACGCUCUCUGUCUACAAAAAGGAAAGAAAACAUCGACAGCUUUAUACCCACCAAGCCUAUGUUGGUGAAGAGCAAAACAUUAGAUAGGCCACCUUCCAAAGAAAGCAGGGAUGGCCAGCGGCCAAGGAGUCGGGUGGAGAGGCCCCUGUCAGUAGCCAGAAAGGCUUCUGUUGAGGAGCGGGACUCAGAGGAGAUGGCGUGCAGGGUGCGCCAGGCCAUCCAGAGAGAAAACGACCCUGUGCAGUGUGCUGAGCCCUUCAGCCGCAACACGGUCUGUCUGCUCCACGCUGGCAGGGAACACCAGACAAUGAAUGGCUUAGUGCACCACAACAGCCACGACAAGGAUGAGAACAGUGUGACGUUGGCCAUGCAGAGAAUCACGCUCAUGGGCCCCAGGCAACAACAGGAACUGCUGAAAGCCUUGGAAAAUCUUGAAGCAGGACCCAGCUACAACAUUGCUCAGAGUGUCAAAACAGACUAUAGUAAGCAGCCGAGAAGGCAGUCCUCGGCAGAGGUCACCCCAGCGUUGUAUGUUACCAUGGAGAUCCUGUCAAACUGGGGGAAUGCUUUGCAGGUUGGGCUGACUGAGCUGCAGUUCUUCUGCCUCAGAAACAAGAAGCUGUAUGUGUCGCCUCACGACUUAGACAUCAGGAACGCGGACUACCCCGGGAAUCUGGGGGCGUUAGUCAACGGAAAGGUGAAGACCACCAAAGAGCGUCACAUGUGGACGUGUCCGUUCCACCCUCCCGUCCAGCUCUACUUCAUCAUCAGGAACACGGAGCGCUCCCCAGACUUUGGCAUAUCUCGCAUCAAAAUCUGGAACUACAACAGGAGCCUCAAUGAUCUUGACAUUGGUGCACGGCAUAUAAAGCUGUACCUUAACAGCACACUGGUGUUUGAAGGUGAGCUGGAGAAGGGCUGCGGCAGUCAGGUGUUUGACUACAGCACCACAGUUGACCUGCAGGAUUUCCAGGUCCCUGACUCCUUGUUUUCUAGCCCCUCGUCUUCAGGACACAAUUUGCGGGGCGCCAGCCCCCAGCAGCAUGAGGACAGUAAGAGUGGGGAGUUCAGCAGCACCCAGCGACACCAUAGUUCGACACCGCAGUCAUCAGACGCAGCAGGUCAGGCUAUGAUAGAAAUGCAGGAGAAAUCACAUACACUGCUACCAACCAUGACUCCUUCACCAGUGGGGGUUUCAUCCUCCGCUCGUCGCUCUGCCACACAAAGAAACUCCUUUGACCUGUCUGCUUCAGAAGAGCCCCUCUCUCUCAGGCAGCUUGUGGAGCAGCCUGCACCCGUGGAGCAGACAGUCACCACCCAGCCGUCCUCCUCACGAGUGGCCCCACAGUGGCUGCAGCCCCUGAACAGAGGAGCUCCAGAGGGCUGUGAAACCAACAGGGAGAGGCCCCGGUGGCUGGUGCCUCAUCACUCCGCAGAUCCCAAAUCUCCAACAUCCUCGUCCUCUUCUUCAAUCCUCCCGGAGCUGCCCUGUAACCCAGGCCGGGUGUGCAGGGGGACGGAGAGGACAGUGAACGGGGGUCAGUGGAAGGCUAACUCUCUGGACCUGAGCUGUGACCUACUGGAGGAGCUCGGGGAUCAAACGAAGGACAGGCCCAUCAGCGGACGCAGGAGCUCAUUCCGAAACACUGCAGUCACUGGCAGGCAGACAGAGGAGCAUCACCUCAGGUCUACUGCACUGUCAAACACAGAGGAGCCGAUGUCACUGGUGAGCACCAGCAGGAGGCAGUGCACUUCUCUGGCCCAGCAGCACAGCCAACAGGACGACACCCUUAUGGAAUCCUGGGACUCUCUCACUAAGUUCAACCAGUGCCAACGUGGACGCAUCUCCAACAUGGGCUUCGAAGGUGACAUCUUUGAUGAGUUCCUCCAGCGCCAGGGCCGUGGGCCACCCACAAUCCCAGUCAAUCCCUCCACAGCACCCAGGAGCCCACUUUCCUCAUUGACCACUCAGGGGGCAGUGUGUGAAGGCCCUGAUGAUGAUCCAUCCAUGGAGCGGGAGGACGAGUUUGAGAUCCCGGUGCUCCCCCAGGGCCAAAGGCUAGUCAUCAACAUCCUGUCCACCUGGGGCGAUCGCCACUACGUGGGCCUCAACGGCCUUGAGGUGUUCAGUUCCAGUGGCGUGCCCCUGCAACCUGCUCACAUCCGUGCUGACCCCCCAGACAUCAACAUUCUCCCCGCGUACGGCAAGGAUCCACGUGUGGUCACUAACUUGAUUGAUGGUGUUAAUCGUACCCAGGACGACAUGCAUCUUUGGCUAGCACCAUUCACCUCUGGUUGUAGCCACACCAUCUUCCUGGACUUUGGAGCUCCCUACCAGGUGGCCAUGAUCCGAGUGUGGAACUAUAACAAGUCACGCAUUCACUCCUUCCGAGGGGUGAAGGAGGUGGAGAUGCUGCUGGAUGGAAGGUGCAUCUUCAGGGGCGAGAUUGCCAAGGCCUCUGGGACCCUGUCCGGAGAGCUGGAGCAAUUUGGUGACACUAUCCUGUUCACCACUGAUGAUGAGAUCCUGGAGGCUAUGUCUCGUUAUGAUGAAACCUUCUUCAGUGAAGGUGAGGGUCCCGAGGGCCUGGUGUAUGAGGAGGAGCUGCAGAGGCCGCGCACCGCUGAUGGAGAGGGAGAGGAAAGACCCUUCACACAGGCCGGUUUCCGAGAGGAAGACCUCAUAUUGAAACUCCACCUCAACCCCACUGUGAGUCCGUCUGAGGAGAACAUGGAUCAUAAUCCUGGGCUUUACACUGGAAAGUGCCUUAGACUACAGCUGGUGUUAACUUGGGGGGACUCCCAUUACAUGGGCCUGACAGGACUGGAGGUGGUGGGGAAGGAUGGAGAGAGUUUACCGUUAGACCUCAGUAUGAUGGCUGCCUCACCUAGAGACCUCAACGACCUGCCUGAUUACGGGCGCGACCUACGCACACUUGAUAAGCUUAUAGAUGGCAACAACAUCACCACUGAUGAUCAGCACAUGUGGCUGAUCCCUUUCUCCUAUGGAGAGCCCCACACCUUGAACAUUACAUUCAGCAAGGUCCAGACCAUCGCCGGACUCCGUAUCUGGAACUACAACAAGUCUCCUGAGGACUCCUAUAGAGGGGUGAAGGUGAUCCAUGUGUUCCUGGAUGAUGUUGCCAUCUCACCAUUGGAGGGCUUCCUGAUCAGGAAAGGACCGGGCAACUGUCACUUUGACUUUGCCCAGGAGAUCCUCUUUGUAGACUUUCUCCAGACGCCCACUGACACCAAGAGUGUAGAGGACUACACCAAAGGAAGCACUAAGAAACAAGAACAGGCCAGCAUGGACUACGAAGCUCCGGUCAUGCCUUGCGGAUUCAUCUUUCAGCUGCAGCUGUUAACAUCCUGGGGUGACCCAUACUACAUCGGACUCAACGGCCUUGAAUUUUAUGACCAGAACCAUGAGAAGAUCCAUCUCAGUGACAACAACAUUGCUGCUUUUCCAGACAGCGUGAACAUACUGGACAGCGUGAGCGGUGAUGUGAGGACUCCAGAUAAAUUAAUAGAUGGAGUCAACAGUACCCACGAUGGAAGACACAUGUGGUUAGCCCCGGUGCUCCCUGGACUGGUAAACCGCGUGUACGUCAUCUUUGAUCAGCCGGUGACGGUGUCCAUGAUCAAACUGUGGAACUACUCAAAGACACCACAGAGGGGAGUUAAGGAGUUUGGGCUGCUUGUGGAUGACCUCCUGGUGUACAACGGCAUCUUGGACAGUGUAAGCCAUGUGGCACGAGGCAUUCUGCCUACCUGUGAUCCAGUGGUGCCCUACCACACCAUCCUGUUCACAGACAAUGCCUUCAUUGCACACCGUGAGAGGAACACUGUCAUCAGUAAUUAUGUGGAGGAUCAGGAUGUGAAGAUGACCAAUGAGAAUCAGAUUGUCCAUCACAACAAGAAGAAGCAGACUGCAGAUCCAGCUCUUCGGCCUAAAACCUGCAUGACUGACGGUGGGAAACACGGAAAAAGGAGGUACUGACAGACAGGUGAUGGCAGACGUGGAUUAAGUGCUCACACAGAGAGAGCAAAACGGAAAGUGAGAAGCUAUGGCAGAUUUGUUAAGCCCACUUUUUGGUGGGUGACCUCUGAAAAACCUCCCUUGGUUUGUAACGGUGGCUUGACAGUGGCUCACAUGGUCCACACUGAAGAGGACAGAGUUGCAUACAAUAUACCAAUGGGUUCGCGCACACACAAUUCCACUUUAUGGUUGGAUUACUCCCUUUUCCCUUGCUGUGAAAACGUACCCCCACAGACACGUUAUCCUGAACACGUACUGUAUGGUUUCCCCAGUCGUCCUUCCCACAGUGCCAGGAUAAACCUGUGAGGCUGCAUUUUAUCAGCCCUAUUAUUGUGCCUAGUACUAAACACUAUAUCUGUGGCUGCUACUUGUGACUUUUGUGCUGCACAUUUAAAUGCUGCUUGUGGCAUGUAAAUACUAAAAGAAAAAAACCCUUUUAAGGCCACAUAAAUACACUCUCACAUCAGGAUGUGGCCAAUGCUACGAUUAUUAAUUAAUUGUAUCCACUGAUGAGCCUAGACCAUCAGCCCUUCGCCUAAUGGGUAUUAGCCGUUAACUGACUAACACUCCCACCUGUGCACCAACCAAUAGUUAUGCUAUGCAGACACUAAUUUAUAUCUAUUAAUUAUUUAUAUCUGUUGGCUAAUAUAUUUCAAAGCCUAAAGUGUUUCCAGAGAGGUUUUCACCUUUUGGAAGAUUUAUAUCUAUGGCUAAAGGGGAUAAAGUUGUAGUUGAAAAAAAUACAGUGGUCAAGCUUUUGUACAUUUCAACUUGAAUAAAAUGAAAACUGAAGCUGUAUAAAGCUUCAGACUCCACACUUGAAUCUUCAGCAUAUAUUUGGCUUCACAAAAUUAGUGCAGUAUAUUUUGUUUCUACUCAGCAUCAGGUAGAGAAGAAAAAAAAAUUCAAAUCCAAGUGACCUUUACUGAAGUUGCUAUAGAAGGUAAAUAGAUUUAGGUAGAUUGUUUUGGAGGGAAACAGUUCUUGAGCCAGUAAAGCAGUUUUAGUAAUUUGAUUGGAAAUAGAAAAAAACAAACAUCUACAUUUGCCGGUUUAGAUUUUGAGUAGAUUCAGUAACAGGCAACUUCUAAUAUGCAAUUACUAUAAUCUUACCUCAAAUUGAGAAGAAAAGGGAUUUAUCUGAUUCUACCUUCACUAUAAUACUUGGUAGUUGGUGUUGUACUAUUCAUUCAUUCAAUAUUUACUGUACUAACAUGUUGCAUGGGAAAGUCUCUUCAGCAGUAGCUGUUAUCAUCCUUAAAUGUUAGACACUUUUGUUUGAAAGAGUCUUUACUGCGUCAUUGAGUCCAGUUAAAAAUGAUUUCAUACUCCUUCCACAUGAUGGGAGUAAUUGUAUAUGACAUGCAGUUUUAUGUAUUUAAUUUCAGUGCGUCCAACAGCAACAAUAGUCCUUACUCUGUAUCUCAGUCCUGCUCUGUAGGGUGGUGGCUAUUAUUGUAUGUGUGACAUUUAGUGUUUUGAAAUAUUUAAUUAUUUUUCUAAUCUUGACUAAAUAUGUAUAUUUGAUGUAGGUUUAUUUGAAUGAAUAAAAUUUAAAAUGGC